AAGUUAUUUCUGCUUCCGGGUCAAAUAAAGCGAACAUUUCCUUGUGUUAAGACUGGCAAAACGUGACAUUUAAGAUGGUAAACUCGCUUUCAAAGGUUGACAAGGAUUCUUCGUGAGAUGCUUGUGGUAUUUGAAGAUGGAUCUUGGUAAAGCAAAGCUGCUUAGGACAGGUCUCAACACUCUUCACCAAGCCAUUCACCCUGUGCACGGGAUAGCAUGGACGGACGGUAAGCAGGUCUGCCUGACAUCUCUCUACUUCAUCAAUGGUGAGGUUAAGUUUGGGGACACCAACGUUAUUGGGCAGUUUGAGCACGUCUUCGGGCUCUUCUGGGGCCCACUGUGCUGCUCUGACUCCCCUGCAUUGCUGGCUGUUCAGCACAAGAAACAUGUUACCGUGUGGCAACUGCAGCUCAGUGCCCUCGAGCAGAACAAGCUGCUGUGUACUCAGACCUGCGAGAUGAGCGAGCCUUUCCCCUUGCUGUCUCUAGGCUGUGUGUGGCAUCCUAAACUGGACAUUCUGGCCUUGUUGACCAAGAGGGAUGCAUCUGUGCUGUUUUCUGUACGAGUGGACAACAGGAGAAUCAAAGCAGACAUCAAAGGUAGUGGACUGAUCCAUUGUGCAUGCUGGACUAAGGAUGGCACACGCCUGGUUGUAGCUAUAGGCAGUGCUCUACACUCCUAUAUCUGGAAUGACAUCCACAAGAGCCUGGUUGCCUGUUCUUUCUGCCCCAUCUUUGAUGUGGGAGGCUACAUAUGUGCCAUUGAGUCCACAGGUGAUGCACAAGUAGCUGUGGCCACAGAGCUUCCUCUGGACAAAAUCUGUGGUUUAAAUGCAGGCAUGACAUUUGACAUGCCGCCAGAGUCCGUGUCACUGCAAGACCAAUGCCCGCGCAUGGUCAGGUCGGGUGACGACAGUCUUUUGGACUCAAGAAGGAGAUCCUUUGAAUCAGAGAGGUCCUUCAUCCCUACCUCAGGCCCUCUAGAUCUCACCCACCUCCUGUCAAAGCACCGUCGCUCUGACCCCAGCCCACUUAUCCAUCUGCGCCGCCGAGACACUUUGACAGGCUCUGGUCAGGACUCCUCUCACCUCAUCCUGGUCACAUAUGAGCGCAAAGUCACUACCACCCGCAAAGUCAGCAUCCCUGGGAUCCUGGUCCCAGACAUUGUUGCUUUUGACCCACGUGGUUCCACAGUUGCAGUGGCUUCCAACACCUGCAACAUGGUGCUUGUGUACUGCAUCACCGCCUCUGGAAUGCCAAACAUUCAGCAGUUCUCUCUGCAGACCAAUGAGAGGCCAAAAGGAGUCUGCUUCCUCAGUGACAAGAUGCUGCUGCUGAUGGUGGGCAGGCAGAAAUCCAACGAUCCCGCCUUCCUCCCAUCCUCGAACACAGAUAAAUAUAUUCUUCGUCUAACAGCCAAAGAGUUGAUGCUCAAUGGAGAGACUCCCGCCACACCACCCCCCUCUGCUCACAACCAGGAAUCCACUUCUAAUUUAUGUGCAGGGAUUAGGAGGCUUUCUGAGAGUCUUUCCAAAGAUGACAGGGAGCGGACAGGGAUAAAGGAUUUGGUGUUGCCUGGAGGGGGAGUAGUUCGAUCCCCUGGGAACAGGCGGAAGCUGGUGGAGGAGGUGAGGAGUGGCGAGCCCAGCCCCAUCACCAGCUCUGUGGAUUUCUCUGACCGAGCAUCAGACAGAGCUCUCUCCAGUGCCUCCUCCAUCACGGUGGAAAAUUUCGACAUGGACCAUGUCAACCGCAUGGCCAGCCUGGGAGUGGCCGGCCACGCCAGCAGAGACUCCAGCCGGUGCAGUUCUCCUCGAUUUGAGAUGUCAGACAAACUCCACACCGAGUCAACACUGCCUAUGCCUGAAAAGACAUCAAGUCCUGCCAAGGAGCAGGCACUGGAGCAGCUUGUCCACAACAUGGAGAGGCUUUUUACUCGCUUCACAGACGUACAGCAGUGCCUGACAGAAAUCAGAGAUUUUACCCAGAAUGGCAAGAAGGGCCCGAGUGUCUACCCCAAUGCCUCUGAACCCCCCUAUGCUAAUAUCACAUGUCAGAAGCAGUUGUCAGAAAACGUGUUCAUUGAUGAGCGGAGGCCUGUGCUGCUGUGUGACGGGAAGCUUUGCCUGCGUGUUCUACAGGACCUCUUCAACCUGACUAUAGUGGAGAUGAUGUAUGGUCCUCUGUGGAUUGUACUUGUAGCAGAUGCAGACGGCUUUGUGCCUCUGACGUUCAAGCCCAAGGAGGAGCUCACAGUGCGCAACGGGAAGCGGAAAACGAUGUUGCGGACUCCUGGGAGUCCAGAGAACUCUUGCCCAUCCAGCCCUAGCCCCAGCACAACCACGGAGGCCUCAGUAUAGUCUCUCUUAACACACACUGACUCCAGUUAAUGAAAAUAUACACAUAAUAUGCCCAUUACUUUGGCUUGGUCCAAGUGUGCAGACACAAACAUGCAAAAAGUCCCUUUGAGCGAUAACCAGAGUUUAUUUGUCAGAUUAACAGUAGUAGUUGAAGGGCUGCAUAUUGAAAUGUAAUGUUUACACAUUGCUGCUUUGAAAUGAAACAGCUGAGCAGCAUUCUUUCUCUAUUUUUGGAUAUAUAAAAUGCAGCCGUGUUGUUCAAGUCUAGUCCUUCACUGAGGCACCAACAGCUUUGCUCACUGUAUGUUUCAGAGAUUUUUAAGGUAUUGUAUCAUAGAUUCACAUAUCCUCAAAAGUACCUACAUGCAGGAUAAUACAUUAUGUAAAUGUUUUCUAUUUGUUAUUGGAGAGCUGCAGAUAUUGCUAAUCUUUUGAAAAUAUGGCAUAUAAAAACACAUUUUUACCAAAUAGUCCCAUUUAAAUGUUAAUUUUUCAACUCUGUCUCAAGCUCAGUCUCUCAUAUGACCACAAGAGGGAGCAAUACACAAUAAUUAUGUCUCUGGAAGACAUAAGACAAACUUCUACAGACAAAUGCUGUAUUUUGUAAGCUAAAUACUUUUGUAGGCCAUUAAAUAUGUAUAUCUAGCA